AUUGACAUUCUUCCGGUCAGGAAGAUGGCCGUACACAACAAAUAGUUAGCGAAAUAUGAACUAUAUUUCAUUCGUUUUCUUCGUUUUAUAGACGUAUAACCGAGGUAUUUCCUGGAAAAAAAUCAACCAGUAUCCAUGGAGACCCCACAGCCCGGCCCAGCAGACGGAGAGGAGCGAUCAGUGGAGCUGCGGCCCAGAACACGCUCAAACCCGGAGGGCGCAGAGGACAGGCGCAGCAGCACUGGUAGCCUAGGCAACAGCAACCCCAGCACCCCGCAGCCCGCAGUGGGAAGCCGAGUGGAGGGAGAGGGGGAGGCCUCGACCAGCGACAGUCCUCUUAGCUCCACCACCACCACAGUCUCUGCCACCACAGCCCAGACUGUAGCCCCUAUAGUGGCAGCUACAGUCAAUGCCAUAGUAGGCCUGCCCACCCCCACGCCAGUGGCCAAGGACAGGCCCAAACCCACCCAGGCUCCUCCCCCUCUGACGCCCCCCAUCCCUCCCACAGCAGAGUUCCAGCUACGAGCACCCCGCGUCAACUGUCCAGAGAAAGUGAUCAUCUGUUUGGAUCUCUCUGAAGAGAUGUCAUCACAAAAACUGGAGUCCUUCAAUGGAUCCAAGACCAACGCUCUCAAUAUUUCCCAGAAGAUGAUUGAGAUGUUUGUGAGAACAAAACACAAGAUUGACAAGCGCCAUGAGUUUGCCCUGGUGGUUGUUAAUGAUGAUGCCUUGUGGCUGUCAGGUUUCACCUCUGACCCCAGGGAGCUGUGCAGCUGUCUCUAUGACCUGGACACCAACGUGUGUGAAACCUUCAAUCUAGAGGAUCUUCUUAGUGUUAUCCGUCAGAAGAUAGAUCUUCCUCUCAUGGACAACAUCCAGACCAUCCCCCCUCCGUUUGUAGUCAGGACUCUCCUCAUCUACAGUAGACACGCUGGACAGCUGCAGUUCAGCCCCUCAGACGCUGUCAAUAGCAUGCUGUUGUCUCCCUACUUCUUCUUUGAUGUGGUUUACCUUCACAACGGGGCUGAGGAGCAGGGGGAUGAGGCCAGCUGGAGGGACAUCUACACAUCGUUCUGUAACCUGGACUCUAAAGGCACCUGUUACCACUUCGAGGUAUCUCUGUGUGGGCCGGCCAUCGAGCUCCACAACUGCAUGGCCAAGCUACUGUCCCACCCCCUCCAGAGACCCUUCCAGAGCCAUGCCUCCUACAGCCUGCUAGAGGGAGAUGACCCCCAGGACGUAGAGGCCACCGUCUAACUGGAGGUGCCUGGUAGAGCGACGGACCCCCAGGGGAGGCCAGUGUUUAACUUGGGGGUCUUCAGAGUACCCUGGUCCUGGAGAGUUACAGGGUCUGCAGGCUUUUGCUAAUUUGAUACUGAAUCAAGAGGUGUGUUAGUAGUGCAGGGUUGGAGCAAAAGCCUGCUGAGUCAAGUGUGUUAGUGCCUGGCACUGGACUAAGCGUUUGCACACGCUGUAGCUCUCCAGAACCAGGCUUGGAGAACACUGCUCUAACUGGACAAGGAGAUGGGUUGCUAGGAGAUGGGUUGCUAGGGGAUAACAAUGGGGAAAUUAAGAAGCAUGUGUGUAUGUAUUCCAUUUUGUUUUAAACCUGAUCUGGGGACAGUGUUUUCCCUACAAGUCUUAAAGAGUGAAAUCCAUGGUGGCACUUCUAGGCCUACACAAUAGAUGUCACCCAUUUCCAUGGCUGGCUUGUGGAAAACGUACAUUGAAAUAACUAAAUAUAGCUAUAUACACUGUCAGGAGCAAGGUUGUUGUCAUGGGCAGUUUGGGAAAGGUUGUAAACUGAUUAAUUUUCUUGUUUUUCCAUCCGUACACCCUCUGAUGGGUACGUUUGCCUUGUCAGAUCGGCUGUUUAUAUUCCCACAUAUGUUGCUUGUUUUGUCAAUUGUACUUUCGUUGAUCUGUAUCUGAUGAUUAAAAGAUAAAUGUUAGGUUUAA